UCGGAGGGUCUAUUCGCAUUUAUAUAGGCCUGGUCACCAGCGUACCGAGCACACCAUACCCCCCCAACGAUUGAACCAACCAGAGAGUAUCCUGCGCCAAGAUGUCACCUGCACCGUUGUAUCCAGCCUAUCUCCCAACCCGACCGGACGGGUAUGCGCCGACUUUGGACGUCCCGUACUUCGAGGCCGAAGAGCCUGGCAGCCGGGCAGACCCCCUCAAGCCGGUCCUUCGCAAGGCCGGCGCGCAGCUGAAGGACAUCACGCCCAGAGUCGGGACAGAAAUCCACAACGUUCAAAUCAGCCAGCUCUCCCCGGCGGGCCUCGACGAGGUCGCCCUGCUGGCCGCCGAGAGGGGCGUUUUGGUGUUUAGAGACCAAGACUUCGCGGACAUCGGAUUCGACAGGCAGCGCGACAUCGUGAACUACUAUGGGCCCCUCCACAAGCACCCGACCAUGGGGUACCCGGCCGGGACCGGCCCGGAGUUCCACGUCGUCUACGCCGACGAGACCGCGGGCAACCUGAGGACGCUGCUGGGGCCGCACACGUCGUACGACCUGUGGCACGUGGACCAGACGUUCACGCCGAACGUGCCGUCGACGACGUUCUUCUGGGUGCUGGAGAGCCCGGCGUCGGGGGGCGGGGACACGGCGUUCACGUCGCUGACGGCUGCGUACGCGGCACUAUCACCGGGGUUCCGGAGGACGCUGGCGGGGCUGCGGCUGGAGCACACGUCGGCGUCGGUGGGGGAGGUGGCGCGGGUGGGGGCGGAGCGGGCGCGGCGCGAGGCGGUGAGGACGACGCACCCGCUGGUGAUCCGGCAGCCGGUGACGGGGCGGCCGGCACUGUUCGUGAACCCGACGAUGGCGCGCCGCGUCGACGGCUUCCUGCCCGAGGAGUCCGACGCCCUGCUCGCCUUCCUCCACCGCCACGUCGCCAGCCUCGACUUCAGCUGCCGCGUCCGCUGGGAGAAGGGCUCGGUCGUCGUCUGGGACCAGCGCUCCGUCGCCCACUCCGCCGUCCCCGACUUCCCCGACGGCGAGCGCCGCCACAUGGUCCGCAUGAUCCCGUACGGCGUCCGCCCCGAGCCCGCGUUCCCCGAGGCGCAUCGCAUCGACGCGUAAGGGCAGGUACGGG